AUGGCUAGGAAAAAGAAAGCUAGUGCUUCUGCAUCCAGAGAAAUGACUUCAUCAUCGAUAAACACUCAUGAACCAGUGAUUAAUAAUGAUAUCACACCACAACAUGUGGCUAAAGGUACAUCUUUGAAAUUUAUAGCACCUACUGUUAAGAACGGAGGUUCUAUUGCUAGUCUUGAUAAAAAUGAAACUGACAAACUUUCUGAAAUAUGGGCUACUUCUUUGGUGAUAUAUAUUGUUGGUGUUACUCCUUCAAUAGGUGCUCUAACUCGAUUCAUUGAAAAAGAAUGGAACACUGUUGCUAAACCAACAAUAUAUUUACAUGACGAUGGUUUUUUUGUUGUUAAAUUUGGUAGUGUUGAUGAUAGAAAUGAAAUCUUAUAUGUUGGUCCUCAUAGCUAUAACAACAGACCCAUUAUAGUUAAGCCAUGGACAGCUAACUUCAACUUCAAUGAGGAAGUUCUAAAAGUGAUUCCUUUAUGGAUAAAACUACCUAACUUACCUUUGAAUUGCUGGAGUGCUGAUUCUCUCAGUAGAAUUGGUAGUUUGCUGGGUGUUCCUCUAUAUGCAAAUGAAUGUACAUCUAAACAAUUAAGAAUUUCAUUUGCUAGAAUUCUUGUUGAAAUAGAUGUCACAAAAGAUAUUCAGUAUCAAGUGCACUUUGAGGAUGCAAAUGGUGUUGUUAUUAAGCAACAGGUGAAGUAUGACUGA